AUGGCGGCGGGCGGGGACGGCGUGGCUCACCAGGCGGAGCUCCGCCGGAUCGAGGGCAACGUCUGCUUCAAGAAGGCCCGCCUCGGCGCCGCCAUCGACUGCUACACCGAGGCAAGACACCUCCCGGCAAUUGCGCUCUGCCCCGACGUCGCCGUCUACUGGAUGAAUCGGGCCCUAUGCCAUUUCAAGCUCAAGGAGUGGGCCAAGGUCGAAGAGGACAUCAGGAAGGCUCUCGCGCUUGAUCACACUUUAGUCAAGGGGCACUAUCUGCUGGGGUGUGCACUGCUCGAGAAGGAAGAGUCUGCUCUUGCUAUCAAGGAAUUCGAAAAGGCUCUGAUUCUCUUGAAGUCCGCGAAUUCAACAGAUGAAAUGGCCGAGGAAAUUUGGCAGGUCCUUGCGAAGGCAAAAUACUUAGAUUGGGAGAAGCAUUCCACCGAACGGCUAUGGAGGAUGCAAAGUCUGAAGGAAGCUUGUGAAAGUGCUCUGCAGGAGCAUCAUUUUCUUACUGGUACACUUGAGGAAGACUCCAAUGGGUCAAGCAAUGAGUAUUCAGAGCAAAUCAAACUGCUAUCAGAGGUCUUCAGCCAAGCGACAAUUGCCGAUACACCAGUGGAUGUGCCUGAUUACCUUUGCUGUCAGAUAACUUUCGAGAUUUUUCGAGAUCCAGUGAUCACACCAAGUGGUCUAACAUAUGAGAGGGCUACACUUGUUGAACAUCUCCACAAGGUUGGCAAUUUCGACCCCGUGACGCGAGAGCCUUUGAAAGAGCAUCAGCUGGUUCCGAAUCUAGCCAUCAAGGAAGCAGUGCAGGCCUACCUGAAGGAGCACAGCUGGGCUUACAAGCUGAACUGA